CUCACUGCGUUCUCGGAGGCACUAUCCCCAAGCCAAUUUCCCCCUCGCGCAGGCGCGCAGCUUCUUCACACUCACCGAGAAACCGCUCACGCGCCCAUCGAUCGAGCAACUAGCAGCAAAGCAUGCAGCCGCCGUGCCUGGGCGCAUGCAGCGGCGGCGGCGGCCUCACCCUCCCCGUGCCCCGCCUCCGCGCCUUCUCCCCCCGCGCCGCGCCGCCUAGGGCUUCCGUCUCGAGCUCCGCCGGGGGCGGCAAGGCGUCGCCGAGGGGGAAGGAGAACGUCUGGAGCGUCGAUAACGACCGCGCCGCCAAGGAGGUGGCCCGGGCCCCGAAGCAGCGCCGCAGGAGGCACCCGGGCGGACGCCACCUGCCGCCGCCGCCGCCUCCGGGGAGGAGGAAGGGGAAGGAUGCGGGCUCGAGGGUUAUGGUGUCCGGCGCUAUGCUCGUGGAGGUCGAGACCGUGCUCCAAACUCAGGAACCUGUUAUAAAGCCUUCUUUGGAUACCUUUGCUAGUAGCUUAAGCGGUCAAUGGAAGGGUGUUGGAUCUGUCUUCUCGCCAAUCACAGCAGAGAUGGAGCCUGUUGGAGUUGGGAGCAAAGAGGAGUACCUUUAUGAUUGCUACACUCUUUCUCACAUUGAGAAGUCUUUUGAUAGUGUUCAUGGGUCAGAGAUCCGAAGGAAGACAAAUUGGGUUCAGAUCAAUCACUUCAGGGAAGCUGAGGAACUGAUUGCAGCAUAUGAUGGUGGGAGUCAGGACACUUCCAGUGGGAAGAGAACUGUUGAUUUGCCUGCAUAUGAGUCUUUUGAUCUUAAGAGGAGCGAUGUACUUGAUGAAGAAACUUUUGCUGUGGAGCCAGGAAUCGUAUUUUUUCAGGAUGGAUCAUACUCUAGAGGUCCAGUUGAUAUAGAAAUUGGCGAAUACGAUGAUUCAAAAUACUUCCUUUCACCAACAUAUAAGUUUGAGCAAUGUCUUGUUAAAGGUUGCCACAAGAGGUUGCGGAUUGUGCAUGCAAUUGAGUUUAAUGAAGGAGGAGCUAACAUACAAAUUGUAAGGGUUGCUGUGUAUGAAGAACAAUGGGUCAGCCCAACAAAUAUCCAUGUUGAAGACGAUACAACAAUUAACCUUAAACCUUUCUCUCAAAGAAACCGGACCAAACCAUCAGAACUGACAGGUUCCUGGAAAGUAUAUGAAGUUAGUGCAACACCAAUUUUCAGUGAUGAAAUGCAAGAACUAGAGGGUGGUGCUUUUUUUGUAUACUUAUGCAUGGAGACUGUGAAGAAGAGAACCAUGCCAGAGAGCUCAGUUUUCUUUGGGGAGGAGGAGCUGCUCGACAUGCAAGACGUCACUGUGCUUUGGUUACCCGGUGGUGUCACUGCCUAUGUUGAUAUCGACAAAGAUGGUGUGCUCUGUAUAGGGGUUGGGUGGUACUCAGAAGAAGGUAUCAAUCUGGUGAUGGAGAAAGACUACGGAACUGAUGGGAGGCUUAGAGAGGUUCGGUCGAAAACUGAAGUAAAGCGCAGGUAGAAUCAACCAGUUCCACAAUAACCCAAUCAAUCUCUUUACUUUUCUGUUUCGAUUAACCUUGUUUCUGAAUUGGAGUGUAGGUGUGAGUUACACCAAACCCGUGUGCCAGGUUUGAUGUACAUCAUAGAUCAGUUGUAAUUUUUUUCUUGCCUCUGUAGAACGUGGAUGUUUUGGCUUCAUCAGUCAGAAAAAUAAGCUAAAAACAAGAGGCUCAUUUAAGGUCGUGAGGCCUAUGCA